AUGAUCGCCGAUGUGCGAGCUUUGACCUUUGAAACAGUGGAUGAGGCAGAGAGAUUCUACUGUGCAUAUUCAGCAGUAGUUGGAUUUGGAUGUAGGAAGGAUGACAAGGGAGAGUCUAACGGUUUGAUUCGGUGGAGGCAGUGGGUCUGCUGCAAAGAAGGGACUCGAGGUAAAAAGUACUUGGAAGCAGAUGGUUUGAGUCGUACUCCUCGGAAACAGACUAGGGUGAAUUGCCAAGCUAGAUUUCGGAUCAAUUACAAUGAUGGGAGUAGAGUUUAUAUGGUGAAGAUAUUCGUUCCAGAGCAUAAUCAUGAACUAGCUACUGGGAACCAGAUUGCAUUCGUUCGUGCUCAUCGUCAUGUCAGCGAUGCAGCUUUGGCUCUGACAAACACAAUGACAAGGGUUUCAAUCAGACCAUGUCACACGUAUGAGUUUAUGGUGGAGCAGGCUGGGGGAUAUUCGGUAGUGGGAUUCACCAUGAAGGACCUCUACAACAAGCUUGACCAACAACGACGGACCUCCCCAUUUGAGAGUGAUUCCGAAGGAGCGCUGUCCUACAUGAGAGCACUGGCAGCAAAAGACCCACACUUCAUAUGCAGAUUCACUACAGAUUUGGAAGACAGGCCAUUGGUUUUGUUUGUUGGGUCGAACAACCAUCGAGGUAGUAUUAUUUUCGGUGCUGCUCUUAUUUCGGAUGAGACUGAGGAGACAUACACUUGGUUGCUUCGUACAUUUUUGGAGUCGAUGAAUGGGAAGAUGCCAAAGGCGGUACUCACAAACAGUGACGAGGCCAUGCGUAAGGAAAUGAUUGACGUACUUGAUCUCCAUGACGAUAUUUGGAUCGGGAAUAUGUAUGAAAAGAGAGACAAGUUUUGUCAAGCAUUCUUCGGUGACAUAUUUAUGGCCGGAAUGAGAAGCACACAAAGGUGUGAGGGCAUGAAUAAAGAAUUCAAGAGGGUGCUUGGUAAAGGGAAAUCCUUUGUGGAGCUUGUUGCGUUGGUGUACAGAUUACUUAUGAAACUGAGACACAAUCAAGAAAGGGAUGAAUUCAUCAAUAUGAAUUCCUUUCCUGGUGCCGUAACUCACUUGGUAGAUUUGGAAAUACAAGCCUCUUCUAUAUUCACACACGAUGUGUUUAAGUUGAUUGUAAGAGAGAUCAAGAAAGAGAGCUUUAUUACACUAAAGCAAGGAGCAGAAUGUCAUGAAGAUGGUAGUCGUGUUUACAAGGUAUCAGUUUACAAACGGCCUGAAUUUGACCACACUGUUGUUUACCACCCUGAGAAAGAGGCUGACAAUGCAGAAGACCCGAUUAUGGUGUGUUCUUGCAGAAUGUUUCAGUACAGGGGAGUACCAUGUCAUCACAUGUUCACGGUGAUGAAAAACGAACACAUUUUUGAGCUUCAGAAGUCACUGAUCGUCAAGAGAUGGUCAAAGGAUGCAAGAACUGUGUGUGAGAUCCCUUAUCCGGAUCAAUCUAUGCCUAGAGAAGCAUUGGUGAGCAGGUAUGGUGCUCUAACUGCGGAAUGCAAUCGAUUGUGCUUUUAUGCUUCAAAGACAGAUGCAGGGUACAACAUGUUGCAGAAGGAGAUCAGUAGACUCUCAUCAAUUGUGGAAGGUUUUGCCAAAGAAAAAGAAAAGGUUCAAGCUCCGGCCACACCCAGCAACAUGAAAGGUAAUGUUGUGAGAGACCUUGUCCCGUUUAGGACCAAAGGCAGAGAAAAAAAUGACAAGAAGACUGAGGCUCCCAGACGACCGAUUACUUGUGGUUAUUGUCAAGGUAUUGGACACAAUAGUCAAACAUGUAAUGUUAGGAAGGAGAAAGAAAAAGCUGAGAAGAGAAAUGAAAAUGACGAACGAAACACUGACCCUCAUCCUUUAGUUGCAACACCUGCAAAGAGAUCUUGUGGUUAUUGCAAACGAUCUGGGCACAAUACUCAAACAUGUGAUGUUAGGAAAGAAAAAGAAAAAGCUGAGAAGACAAACGAAAAUGUUACGGGAACAAGCAAUGAUCCUCCUCCUUCAUACAGGGCUUUAUGCACCAACAGCGAGAGGAGUCUCAGUGCUUUGUGGGGAAAGCUGGCAGCUGAGAUACUGAUGCAAAACUGGGAUAUUGCUCUUGAGGAGCUUAAUUAA